AUGGAACCUGUUGGACUAGGAAGCAAACAGGAGUAUCUUUAUGAUUGCUACACCCUUUCUCUCAUUGAGAAGUCGUAUGAUAGUGGUCAUGGAACCGAGAUCCGAAGGAAGACAAAUUGGGUGCAACUCAAUCCUCACGGGGAAGCUGAGAAGCAGAGUGCCAGCGAUGAUGAAUGGAAUCAUGGUAGCUCAAGUGGGACUGUUGAUUUACCUGCACAUGAAUAUUUUGAUCUUAAAAAGAGCGAUGUACUCGAUGAAGAUGUUAUGAUUGAAGAACCAGGGAUUGUAUUUUUUGAGGAUGGAUCAUACUCUAGAGGUCCACUCGAUAUCGAAAUCGGUGAAUAUGAUGAAUCUAAAUACUUCCUUUCACCAACGUAUCAGUUUGAGCAAAGUUUGGUCAAAGGAUGCCACAAAAGACUGCGUAUUGUGCAUACCAUUGAAUUCAGUGAAGGAGGAGCGAAUAUACAAACUGUAAGGGUUGCUGUGUAUGAAGAAAAAUGGGCUAGCCCAGCAAAUAUCCAUGUUGAAGAUAAUACCCCUGUUGACGUCAGUCCUUUCUCUCAAAGAAAGCGGACAAAACCAUCAGAACUGACAGGCCCCUGGAAAGUAUAUGAAGUCAGUGCAACACCAAUUUUCAGCGAGAAAGUGAAAGAAAUAGAGGGUGGAGCCGCCUUUGUAUACUUGUGCAUGGAGACCAUGAAGAAGAGAAGCUUGCCAGAGAGCUCUGUUUUCUUCGGGGAGGAGGAGAUGCUCGAUAUGCAAGACGUGACUAUACUUUGGUUGCCUGGAGGCGUCACCGCCUAUGUUGACGUAGAUAAAGACGGUAUACUCUGCAUCGGAGUUAGUUGGUACUCGGAGGAAGGGAUUAAUCUGGUGAUGGAGAGAGAUUAUGGAACCGAUGGGAAGCUCAGGGAGGUUCGGACAAAAACUGAAAUCAAGCGCAGAAUAGUUCAAUUUAGAAUGGUUAAUUUAGGCCACUUGCUCCACAUUGUACUUUAUCUAGAUCUUGGCUUCUUGGGGGACAAGAUUUAUGACCAUGGUAUAACCGUAUACAAAAAUGUUAGCCAUCAGGCACUACCAUGUGCAAGCUUGAUCGCUGGAGAACAGGGGUGGACCUGGACCAUGGUCAUGACUGGUGGAGCAGAUGUAGGAGGCCCAGCUUUGGAAGAUGCAACCAAGGAAGAGUGCCUACAAAGAUUACAGAACCGGAUUGAGGUGCCUUAUGAUAGUCAAAAUAGAGAACAUCAGGAAGCACUCAAAGCCCUUUGGCAUGCUUCUUUUCCUGGGACUGAACUUCUAGGACUAGUAUCAGAUCAAUGGAAGGAGAUGGGAUGGCAAGGGAAAGAUCCAUCCACAGAUUUCAGGGGUGGUGGCUUUAUCUCUUUGGAGAAUUUACUUUACUUCGCUAAGAACUAUCCAAAAUCCUUCGAGGAGCUCCUUUGUAAGCAAAAUGGUGACAGAGCAUUAUGGGAAUAUCCAUUUGCUGUAGCUGGAGUAAAUAUUACAUUUAUGCUCAUUCAGAUGCUUGAUCUUCAAGCAGAAAACGAUCGGGCUUUUGAUAUUCUUUACUGCAUAACUUUUAAGCUGAUGGAUCGGAAAUGGCUUGAAAUGCACGCCACAUAUAUGGAUUUCAAUAGUAACUGGCUACCUGAACAGCAGUUGGGCCAUGCUAGUGCCUGUAGGAUGUACUUUCGGAAACAAUUUGUCCUGGCGCGGAGUCUUCGUGCUAGGAAAUACUACGUAAAUGAGACGCUUGGAGCCGGCUUAGAUUUUAUUGUUGACAGUCGAGAAGCCUUUAUGCACGUGCGUGACGUGUCCCUGAGGACUAGCGCUUUGGAGCCGCAUUCGUCACUGCAUCAGACACCAAAUUUCGCUAGACGACGAGAAAUCCUAACCUCAUCGUCCCAAGGAGACGACAUGAGUCUACCCGAAGCUCCGUCUACUACGUCUAGAUGGACAAACUCAAGGAUGAUUGAAGCCCCGAAGACAAUCUCCAAGAAGAAGCGCCCCGAAGACAAUCUCCAAGAAGAAGCGUCGACAUUCACCCGAGCGCCGCACCUACCGGACUAA